AUGCAGCUCUCUCGCAUUGCCUCCUUCUUCUUCGUACUCUUGACAUUCGCUGUCUUUGCCCUCGCAACCCCGGCGAAGAGGGCGGCGUCUUCUGCCGAGAUUGAGUCUAUCCUCACCAACCUGCAGUCGGAGCUUUCUUCCAUCGGGUCCAAGGUCACCAACGGCCAAGCGUCCAAUGCCGCGAUCGCCCCUCUUAUCGACGAGAUGAUUGCGGGCUUCCAAAAGGCCUCCUCGUCGGUCGCUGGACACACGACGGAGCGCUCUGAGGAGAUAGUUGAAAGGCGCGACCUCGGCUCCGACCUCAACGAUGUGAUCAAGCAGCUCCUCGACGCAAUCACCAUGCUCUUGGACAACAUCGCUAACGCCAUUCCAGACCUCGGCCCGGUCAUCACCGACAUUGAAAAUCUCCUGGAUCAAUUGUUGGGCGACCUCUGA